GUUUUGGGAUUUAUGCUCUGUUCCUCGUGGACUUUGUUUGUGGACUUGGAAUUUGGACUUUGCAAGCUCUGUUUUUGGACUUGUUUACUUAUUUUGGACUGCUUACCUGGUUGUGACCCCUGCCUCCCUGUAACCCGAGAUGAAUACCCUCCAGGCUCUGUUUCUCUUGGCUGCAAGCCUCACUGUUGCCCAGUCCUUGAACUACAAGGCACUCAACCAGUUUAGAAGGAUGAUCCUGUGUCUGAUGCCUGAUAGCUGGCCUGUUUUUGAUUACUCCGACUACGGCUGCUACUGUGGAAAAGGAGGCUCUGGCACACCUGUGGAUGAUCUGGAUAGGUGUUGCCAAGUGCAUGACCAGUGUUAUAAUGAUGCUAUGCAACACCCUGAGUGCUGGCCCAUCUUCGACAAUCCUUACACCGAGUUCUAUGACUACAGCUGUGACAAGGAAAACAAGAAGGUCACCUGUGGCAACAAUAACGACGAAUGUGAGAUGUUCAUCUGUGAGUGUGACAGGAAGGCAGCUGAGUGUUUUGCCAUAUCACCUUGGAACCCUGAGCACGAGCACCUGCCCAGCGACCGCUGUCAGUAAAGACCACACAACUGUAUCAAAUAAGGAAUUUAUGGUUUGACAUGAAAUAUCAGUUUUUUAGUUUUCAUAAGUGACAGAUAAUUUUGUUAAUUUGUUAAGGAUCCUUGGCUUAUUAGAAAUAUUCACAUAGACCUAAUACACUCACUUAUAUAAUAUUAUGAUUUCUUUAUGGAGUACCCUGUGAUUUUGGUGACCUAUAACCCUCCAUCAUUCCCUCCAUGUGCUGAAUUACGCUUGUUGGGUUUGUAAUUGUGACGUUAUCCUGAUAAUAGACACAAUUAGAUCUGCAUCUCAUUUUAUCUCACAUGCUGUUUACUGGUGGCCAGUUAUUCAACGGUAUAAUCGUAACUCAAGUUACCACAGAGGACAACAUGGUCUACCUUUUUCUUUCCUAGUGUGCAGGAUGAAAUCAGUACAGUAUAGUGGAGACUCUGCCAUGUGAUGUUUUGUCCGUGUCAGCUGUCCUAGGAUGCUUUCUGUAAAAGUCCUGUUAUGUAAUGUUUGCAUUUAAUCAAAUAAUAAAAAUGCAUUUGCUUAGAAA